CUAGACAACUUCUCUUUUUUAAGAGUCUUCUUAAAUACGAUGUAUAAUAUAGUCAUUCCAUUAUAAAUGAAGUGGGUUAUUGUUUAUUUCCUUCAAAAAGAGUUUUUAUCUCCAUAAAGAUUCUUCCAUAUUAAUUGUGAACUUGAUGGCCAAGGCCUUCUCUCUUUAUUACUUUGAAGAUGGAAGGGGGAUACGACCAGUCACCAACAAAGAUUAGGGUUUUCGACGAUGUCUCAGCUCAUUAACCGACUCUUGAAGCCAUCUGUCUGCAAAAAUGUCAUCAGAUCUCACAACAAGAACGUUCGGAUGUUCUCAUCAUCUAAGUCGACAUACCCGUACGUGUUGAUUGACCACCUCCUUAAGACGACGAAACACUGUUCCAAUGAUCAAGUAUACUAUGCUGAUAAGAAGCUCGUGAUUAAGGACCAGGGACUCGCAGAGGAGGUCCGAGAGAUGAUGACCGUUGGAUUUUCACAUAAAGAUGGAUGGAGAGUUCACUUGGAGAAAUCUGAGUAUAGUUCCAAAAGUCUCAUGGUGGUCAGUAACACAUCAUUUGGCCCAGUGAAACAUCAUCUCCCUCCUCUGUCUAGUAGUUGUCGAAUCCAGAAUGUGGCAAUAUCAAACUCUGUUGACAUAAAGAAGGAAGACUUGGUAGUGGCUGUCAAGUUCGUGGGAUCUGAUGUGAGUCUGUGCAAGCCCUUCAGCGACUCUAGCUCUGGAUGGAUCAACAUCAAUACUUCUGGCUCUGUCCACCCUUUCUCGAGUCUAACGUAUUCGAAGAAGAAUAAAAAAUUUCUCAGUGUUAGUCCUUCUGGGAAGUAUUUGUGGUACUUGGAUCUCCACUUCGAUGAGGAUAAUGUCCAGCCCAACUUAUCUUAUUUAUUGUUUAAGGAGGACCCUCUCCAGAAGUUGUAUAAGACGGAUUUGGAAGAUUACAUCUGGCGUUCCAGAACAGACCACCUGGUGGAGUCACCCUCCGGUGAACAUUUCCUCGUCAAGUGGUUCUGUGAGGAAGACAGGGACGACGAGAAAAUCAUCCAGAAAACGCAUGGGUUUAUGGUGUUUAGAGCGGAUACAAUCUGCGGUGAAUUGAUUAACACGCAAGACAUUGGAAAUCUUUGUAUAUUUCUUGGACAUGGUGAAGCAUUCUGUGUCCCGGCAAGCUCGUCUCCUGGACUUAUACCUAACUCCAUCUAUUACGUGGGCUGUAACUUUGGUGUUCACGAUAUCGCAACCAACACUACCACUAACUUCUACACAAAAGAUAAAGUUCCAUUAAGGUCCACUGAGUUCCCUUACUGGCCUCUUCCUCUCUCUUACUAGUGAGAAGUGACUUUGAUAUUGUUGGAUGUCUUUUAUCUGCUGUCUUUUUGGGUUUGGUUCUUGUACUAGUUAAUGUUUUUGGUUCGUCUACUAUUUGAAAUAA